AUGGAUGUGGCAGGUCUACGGGACCGCAUUCAAGCGACUCUCGACGCCAACGGGGAAAUUCGGCGACAGGCCGAAAUAGAUUUAAAAUAUGCUGAGAGCCAACCUGGUUUCCCGAAUGCGCUGUGUGAUAUUCUCCAAGCCGAGCAGGACCAGGCUGUUCGACUAUCCACUGUCGUUUACUUGAAAAAUAGAGUUAUACGAGGAUGGUCGCCGGAGGAGGAUCAUUCUAUCCACACACCCAUCCCAGAGGAGGAGCGAGGGCCCUUGCGAAACCGAUUACUGCCUAUGCUCGCAUCGUCGCCGCCUCCGAUCAGGUCACAGUUGAUUCCUAUGCUUUCGAAGAUCCUGAACCAUGACUUUCCGCAGAAAUGGCCAGAUUUCAUGGAUAUCACCCUCCAGUUACUCAAUGGCAGCGAUGUCAGUUCGGUUUUUGCUGGGUUGCAGUGCUUGCUUGCUAUUUGUCGAGUGUACAGCUAUAAGGCGUCUGAGGAUGAUAAACGGGCGGAAUUUGAUGAGAUAGUCAAUCACUCGUUCCCUCAGCUGCUAAAUAUUGGCUCUCGAUUGGUCGACGAGGAAAGUGAAGAAGCAGGAGAAAUGCUUCGAGCCGUGAUGAAAGCGUAUAAGCAUACCAUCUAUCUUACCCAUUGGUGGAAAUCCAAGAAAUGGGCUUACGCAAACUUGAACCGCCUUUUUAUACGGAAACCCUUCGGCAUUGGAAAGACCAACCAGCCGGAUUACUCUCAAUACGCCAAAACGUUCUUGACGACUUUUGCUCCAGAGAUUUUGAAGGGAUAUCUCCAACAAGUGGACAAAUGGGUAUCGGGAGGACUGUGGUUGAGCAAACCUGCCCUGUCCUCUACCCUGGUAUUCCUUGAAGAGUGUGUCAAGCCGAAAGCUGUGUGGGAUCAUUUGAAACAGCAUAUUGACAACUUGGUGGCACAUCUUAUUUUCCCCCUCCUCUGUCAGACCGAUGAAGAUAUUGAGAUGUUUGAUUCUGACCCAGCGGAAUAUCUCCAUCGUAAAUUGAACUAUUUCGAGGAAGUAUCUGCUCCAGAUGCUGCUGCGACAAAUUUCCUAAUUGCGCUCACGAAAAUCCGAAAGAAGCAGACAUUCUCGAUUCUCACAUUCGUCAAUAGUGUCGUCAGCAAAUAUGAAUCUGCGCCGGAUGAUCAAAAGCAGCCGCGGGAGAAAGAAGGUGCUCUGCGUAUGAUUGGAUCUCUCGCCUCUGUGAUUUUGGGGAAAAAGAGCCCCAUCGCGGACCAAGUGGAAUACUUCUUCGUCCGCCAUGUCUUUCCAGAGUUCCGCAGCCCUCAUGGAUAUCUUCGUGCCCGUGCUUGCGACACCCUGGAGAAGUUUGAACAGCUCGAUUUCCAGGAUCCCAACAAUCUGAUGACUAUCUACAGAAACAUCCUGGAUGCUCUAGCGGAUCCUGCUUUACCGGUCCGAGUUGAAGCUGCACUCGCAUUGCAGCCCCUUAUUCGUCACAACGUUAUCCGCACGUCAAUGCAAACCAACAUCCCACAGAUCAUGCAACAACUACUUAAGUUGGCCAACGAAGUGGAUGUUGACGCUUUGGCAAAUGUCAUGGAAGAUUUUGUUGAGGUUUUCUCGACUGAGUUGACUCCUUUCGCCGUUGCAUUGUGUGAGCAACUACGCGACACUUACAUGCGCAUCAUUCGGGACCUACUUGACCGAAGGAGUACCAAAGGCGAGGAUGAGACAUACGGUGAUUUCUUGGACGACAAGAGUAUCACAGCAUUAGGUGUCUUGCAAACCAUUGGCACUCUCAUUUUGACGCUGGAAAGCACCCCGGAUGUGCUGCUUCAUUUGGAAACAAUCCUGAUGCCAAUAAUAUCCAUUACUCUCGAAAACAAACUCUAUGAUCUAUACAAUGAGAUCUUUGAGAUUAUCGAUUCUUGCACCUACGCGGCGAAAUCCAUUUCUCCAACCAUGUGGCAGGCUUUUGUUUUAGUUCACAAGACUUUCAAGACGGGAGCAGAACUGUAUCUUGAAGACAUGCUUCCGGCCCUUGAUAACUAUGUGACUUAUGGGUCUGCAAUGUUAAUACAAAACCCUGACUAUCUAGCAGCUAUUGUAAGUAUGGUGGAAGAUAUAUUCAGUGAUGGGAAAACAGGAGGCGUGGAUAGAAUCUGCGCAUGCAAGCUUGCCGAAGCAAUCAUGCUUAAUCUUCGUGGACAUGUGAACCAGUAUAUCCCUGUGUUCAUCAAUCUCGCGAUGCCAAUUCUGGCCAACGACGAAGCUCGGACAAAGUCUUACCGGAUCCACCUCAUGGAGAUGGUGAUCAAUUCCAUUUACUAUAACCCCAUAUUAGCUCUUCAAGUGCUUGAGAGCAGUGGAUGGACCAACAAGUUUUUCAGUAGCUGGUUUUCGAACAUCGACAGUUUCACGAGGGUGCAUGAUAAGAAAUUAUCCAUUGUGGCCAUAAGUGCCCUGUUGACGCUCAGGGCGGACGAUGUGCCUGCGAGCGUGCAGCCAGGCUGGCCCAGGCUUCUUCAAGGGAUCAGCAGGUUGUUCCAAACUUUGCCCGCUGCCAUAAAACUCCGAGACCAAGCUUCAAAGGCAUCCGAUAUGCAAUUUGAUGAAACGGGCGAAGACGAUGAGUCUGACAACGAUUGGAACGGAGAGGUAGAGUGGACGGACCAAGAUGAAGGAGACGGCGGAGACGGCGAUUUCGGAGAUGAAGGCUCCGCAUAUAUUGAAUUUUUAAAUCGGGAAGCGGGGAAAUUAUCGGCGCUCCAAGACGAUGACGAAGACGACUUGGACGAAGAAAGCCUUCUGGAGUCUCCGCUAGACAAAGUUGAACCGUAUAGCGUGUUCAAAACAUCCAUAUUAAACCUUCAACAGAGCCAACCUCACCUGUACGAGAAUCUCACAAAGAUCCUCAAUGCCGAGGAACAGCAGAUCAUCCAAGGAGUAGUCGACGAGGCGGACAAGCAGGCUCUAGCGGCCGAAGCUGCCAAUGCCGAGCUUGCAAAGGCUAACGGAGGUACAUGA